AUGUCCGUCCGUUACUUCGCGCGCAUUAGCUGGGAUGCGUCGUGUAUUCCCAGCCAUCUGCGGAUGGAGCGCGUGCGCACUCACCUGGCACCGCGCCCAGGCGGCGCCAUCCGUUGUCGCGUUCACGAGGCUCCCCGGCCUUCGGCCUCACGCCUUGCUCGGCUGCCUUUCUACAUCCUCCGCGGUGACGAAUCUCGAAAAUCGGCUCAGUACAUUUGUGUGACAAUGCUAGACGCAGUGCCCACAGGCGUAGAUGGAGGUGUCGGAGAGACUGACGGUGUGGAGAGAGAAGUGCAGAAGGACAGGGUAGGCAAUUGCCGAUGA